GUAGAAGCCAAACACUGAGGGUGGAAGCUCCGUACCAUAUACGUGUGUAGUUUUCCAGGAUGCAUUGGCUUCUCCUGAGCGUUGUCUUGGGGCUUGGGUGCUUAAGCCAAGCCCGAGACGUUGACGACGCCCGCCUCGUCGCCCGCUACGAGACCAAAACUGCGUACAUCUUCACGACGUCCAUUACCACCGUCCCCUUCACCUGCAUCUCGGGCGACCCGGCCACGACCCCCUGCACCAAGAGGAGGCUCAGGCGGACAGCUGACAUUGGGGACAUGAAGGGGACCGGCGAGGGUUUAUUGGAUGGCUCGCUGGACAUGGAGGGCACUCAGCUGACGGAGGACGCGCAGCGGGAUGAACGCGUCGCCAUGACUUUCUGGUCCACUCUCUCCUCCACCUACACCAUCACUUCCACCUCCACCAACACCGGCACCACGUUCUCCGUCUCCUUCUACUGCACGCUGGCUGGAGCUGUCUAUCCCCCGGCCUGCGGAUAAGGGCGAGGAGGGUCCGAAGGCGGCCAAAGGGGAGUGGGAGGAACUCCAUGUUUUUUGGCGCGAACACGAUGGUCGAGGAUAUGACGAUGAUGAUGUUCUAUGUUUUGUUUUCUUUUUCUUUCUCUUUUCUCUCUUUUCCUUCUGUUCUUUUGAUCUUUCUACUUUUGUGACUCUUGUUUCUACGAAAUUAUUCAAUCUAUUCAUUGUCUUCUAUUAUUCUUGUUUUUUUUUUUCUCUCUCUAAGCUCCUAAAGCAUUCCUCAUUUAUCUGAAUGCUAUGACUUCCUUAUCAUUAAGUAUUUAUUUUUGUUGUCUACAGGGUCAGUUAUGUAAAUACAUCAUUAAAGCUUUAUCAAACAUU